AUGGCAAUAUGUGGAAAUUGUCCGAAAACAUAUGCAUUUAUCAUAGCAUGGCUUUUUCUCUCCGGCGGCCUUUUCCGAGUUGUACGUGCCGAUUUUAAUUACAAGGAAGCCCUCACAAAGUCGAUUAUUUUCUUGGACGCCCAAAGGUCCGGGAAGCUACCUCCCAACCACCGGCCCUCUUGGAGAGGAGAUUCUGCUCUCGAAGAUGGCAAACUUGAAAAUGUGGACCUUGUGGGAGGCUAUUACGAUGCGGGUGACAACGUGAAAUACGGCCUCCCCAUGGCUUUUACGGUUACAACCUUGGCUUGGGCCACCAUUUUCUACCAACACGAGAUUCAAUCGGCCGGCGAACUUCAAAAUGCUCUUGAUGCGAUUCGUUGGGGCACUGACUAUCUUCUAAAAGCUAGCGCCAAACGCAAUUGCUUGUUCGUGCAGGUAGGAGAUCCCGAGAAAGAUCACGAGUGUUGGGUGAGGCCGGAGAACAUGAAAACGCCGAGGACCGUGCUGAAGAUUGACCGAAAUACCCCUGGGACAGAGAUUGCAGCCGAGACUGCUGCUGCAUUGGCGGCUGCUUCUAUCGCCUUUAGGCACGCCGAUCAUGCUUAUUCACGAAGGCUCCUCAACAGGGCAAAAUCGGUCUUCCAGUUUGCUAAAACAUACAGAGGAACAUAUGAUGGAGAAUGUCCGUUCUAUUGUUCUUACUCGGGCUACAAUGAUGAGUUGCUAUGGGCAGCAACAUGGCUAUACAAAGCAACAAGAAGAUCGUUAUACAUGGAUUUCAUUCAAGACGAGGCCAUAAGUGCAGCCGUCUCCGAAUUUAGUUGGGACCUCAAAUACGCCGGAGCCCAAGUCAUCCUCUCACAAUUCUACAUGGAGGGAAGAAAAGAUUUGCACGAGUUCAAGCAACAAGCCGACAGUUAUAUAUGUUCGGUGCUUCCCGAUAGCCCUGAUCAUCAAGUUUUCAUCUCUCCAGGAGGAUUAGUGCACUUAAGGGAUGGAGCUAAUUCGCAGUACGUGACGGGCACGGCUCUCGUUUUCAGCAUCUAUAGUGAUAUCCUGUCAAGACACAAGCAACAAGUCAUUUGUGGGGGGAAGAAAUUCGGGCCGGCCCGUUUGAUGACCUUCGCCAAACAACAGAUGGAUUAUUUACUCGGCAAGAACCCGAGGAGAAGCUCUUACAUGGUCGGGUUUGGUAAUAAACCGCCGAUGCGGGCCCACCACAGGGGCGCGUCUGUACCUAAAAUGGCUCCCACUAAAGUAGUUAGUUGCCCCAUGAGCUUCACAUAUUGGUACAACAAUAACGGGCCCAAUGCAAACGAGCUUACGGGUGCCAUAGUUGGCGGGCCCGACAAAAACGAUAACUUUAUCGAUCAACGCACGAGUUCGGCCAUGACCGAGCCCACUACAUACACUAACUCAAUGGCAGUUGGGGUUCUUGCCAGGCUGGCCAAGUACCAUGCACAGUCUUAG